GGAUGACGAAGAAGACUAGUGAUUUUAUGAUGAAGAGCUCAGAGGUAUUUACACCGUGCUCAUCACUCUGAUCCGACACUAACAGGAACAGGAAAAGAUGCAGAGUGUGAGACUGCUCCUGCUCUUGUUCUGCUCUGUCUACCUGCUGAGCCCAGGCACGGGGUUCCGGAGCCGCAGGCUGUGUGGCGUCCAGCUGGUGGAGGCUCUGCUGCUCGUGUGUGGGGAGAAAGGCCUGUUCUACCAGCCGGGGAGACGAGGACGAGACGAGAAUAUGCGUGUGAUGACGUCGGAUGCUGCCAUUCCCCAGCAGGUUAUGCACAAGGAACAGUCAGCUGUUUCCAGUGUGAUUAAGAGAGGGAUUGUGGAGCAGUGCUGUCAUUUCUCCUGUGAUUACUACGAUCUGGAAAACUACUGCAACAUAUAAAGAUGGUGUGGACGAGGCCCACUCAGAGCUUUAAACUUACACAACUUCCUCAUAAUCUCACUGACAAACUACAGUGUCACAAAUCAA